ACGCCACGGCUCUGACGCCCUAUGCUCUGGUCUGCUGGUCUGCGCAUGACGAGGGGACCAUAGGUUCCCAGGGACCUGUGGGUGCAAACCCUUCCUCACCCCCUAGCGGCGUCCUGGGAGAAUUCGUCGGUCACCGAUUCAUUUACCCCUACAGCCUCAGUCUGGUUCGUGACCCACAUACACGCUACCGGUCCCAUUCCAAGGUGAGCGUGGUUGCGACAAGAAACCUGUCCGGAGUCUUUGUGGAACACAAGGUCUGACGUCAUGACUGAACUUCAGGAAAAAUAUCGACGGAGUAUCGGUAGAUGGCGCUGUGCUGCUAUAGCCUUGUUUCUCAUAGCUCUGGCAUUAGUCGUGGCUCUUAUUGCCGUCUCCAUGAUGAAGGACAGGAGGUUUGAACGCCAGGCUGCGGAUGAUUGUGGAGAAAGUUUUGGGAAGCCCGAUAUUGACACAUCUGAGGCAGAGGAACCUGGGCUGUAUGAUGACCUUACCGUGAAGGAGCUGAAAGCCAUCCAGGACUACCUGUACAGCCUGAAGACGCAGUUAAACCUCAAGAAGCCCGAUAAAGCUGCAGUCAACGUCAGCUAUAUAUAUGUGUCAGAUCUUCACCCCCACUGAAAUCAGAAGCACUGGCCUACUUAAGUGGGUCCGGACCUAAACCAGAAAGGAAAGCUCGAAUUGUGAUCUUUAGAGGAGACGCUGUUCCGCCAGUGUCAGAAGAAUAUAUUGUUGGUCCUCUCCCUAACCCCAACAGUUGCAAGUUGUUGACGGUUCCUGGCCGCUUGAAUCCGGUUCCAUAUGCUUUCCGACCUAUAGGAAACGUGGAGUUUGGAUCAUACUACAAGAAACUAUUCCCAGAGGUAGACAAAAAGAUUGGUUUUAUUUUGAAGGAGAGUUAUGGUGCCACAUUUACAGACUGUGGAGACAGAUGCCUCAAUUUCUACCCAACACCUGUGGGUUCUGGUAUUAGCAAAUCGAGAGUGAGGAAGAUGUGGUUGACAACAAGUCACUUCGUUGAGUAUUACGACCUUAACCCUGUUGAUCUGAUGAUGCUUGCAAAUAUCAACUCCCAAGAUCCUGCAAAAUUCUAUAUUGAAAAACUAGUAUAUGCUGAUCAGGAGUAUUCCAGUCUUGAUGACCUCGCCACCCAGUACAGAGCUGGUUCAAUCCCAAAAUCCAAGAUACCAUUCCCGGAAACGUCAAGGAAUUGAAGUCUUCAUUACACAGAAGAGGUAAUCCUGUCCCAAAGAAGCCACAGAGGCCUCCCCGAAUGUACGAACCUGACGGUAAGCGAUACAGUGUGCACCAUCGCCACGUGGAAUACAUGCAGUGGGCCUUCAACUUCAGAAUGUCCACUUUAAGUGGUCCACAAAUUUACGACAUCCGCUUCAACAAUGAGAGGAUUGCAUAUGAAGUUGGCCUACAAGAGAUAGCUGUCUUUUAUGCGUCCAAUAACUCUGCUACACGGAGUGCUGAUUUCAUCGAUAGUGGUGCUCUCAUUGGCACCCACUCCCAAUCUCUGGUUCCUGGUGCGGACUGUCCAGAGACGAGUACAUUCUUCAACUAUUCCUAUUUGGGUGAAACUUCCGAGGAGCCAGUUCUUCUUCAGAGAGCUUUCUGUCUGUUUGAACUGAACCAAGGAAUUCCUCUUCGUCGCCAUCUUUCAUACAGCCAGGUUGAGGGUGGCUUCUAUUCCGGAAUGGAGGACAAUGUGUUAGUUCUGAGAAGUAUCAUGACAAUAAUUAACUAUGAUUAUGUGAUGGACUUUAUAUUUCACCAAAGCGGAGCUAUGGAAGUUCGAGUUCUAUCGACAGGGUAUAUAUUCGCCUCCUUCUAUACCCCCAAAGAAGAUCCAUAUGGCUUCCAACUGAAGCAAAGUACUAUUGGUAAUAUUCAUCACCAUCUGUUCCUCUUCAAAGCUGACGUUGACAUUCAUGGACCGAACAAUAGAUACGAAACUCUUGACAUAUCACGUGACGUUUCCCCCAACUCACAAACGACAGACGACCCUAACUCCAAGUACUACCAGAUCAAGUAUGAGCGUUCUCUCAAGAGGGCAGAGAUGGAUGCAGCCUUCAAGUUCAACUUUGAGAAGCCAAAAUACCACGUCUUCCACAACAACGAAAACCCAACCAAAUUUGGGGCAAUCAAGGCUUACAGAAUCCACCUGGACGGAAUGACAAAAGUGCUUAUCCCUGAAGACAAAGGUAACGAGCCCGUUGUUUCAUGGGCGAGGAACCAAAUGACUGUCACCAAGUUCAAGGACGACGAAAGAGAUGCCAGCUCCGUGUACGGACUGUUCGAUUCCUUGGAACCCACAGUCAACUUUACGUCGUUCUAUGCUGAUAACGACGACAUUGUUGAUCAGGACCUGGUGGCCUGGAUCAGCAUGGGCGUCCAUCACAUCCCCACACUGAGGACAUGCCCAUCACCCCACCCCCGGGGCACAUCUCAGCUUUGCCCUGCUUCCCUACAACUACUUCGAGGAGUGCCCGUCCUCCCAGUCACGUGACUCCAUCAGGGUGGAGUAUAAAGACAGCCACCACCCCGAGAAGGGCGCCCGGGUGGUGAGAUACGGUAAUGCGGAGAAGCCACGCUGCAUCCCUAAAACUCCAGACUAUGACGCCAUGGUGGAGCGGAAUCCGUCGUGCGCUAUAGAAAGUUCGUACGUUCAUCACGACCAAGAAGAGCAUGUGUCCGCCAACGGGAAUGACGAGCACCAUUAGACCGAGAUCAAUGAUGGUGUAGAAGUUGUGGAAAAGAUAUUAACAAGGAAAAUUAGCAGCAUCAAAGUUUUAGGCACAAAGUAUUCUUCAAGUACCGUUAUGUUGUGAAGUGGUUUGUGUGAGAAGCUGUGUUUGUGCUGGCCCUGCCAUGUUGGCUGGGGGGAGUGAAGCUUUGCUGGGCUUAUAAUCUAACUUGUUUUGGAACCUUUACGUGUCAACAAACAUUCUGCAAAAUAGGACAUCAACGGUAUUCUUGUAUGGCAUAUGAACCUCCAGUUAGUAUCAGGCUAUAAGCAGUAUCUGGAUGUCCAAUUUAAAACUUCUACUUGACAAAUUUUACUAAAAGGUCCUUAGGAAUACAUGUAGUUUGAAAUUGAUGAUUCUUGUCAGGAGGAGUUUACUGAUGUCGUAUUGACAUGGAGCUCCAAGCUGUAUUCAGAUCUGUCUCGAGCUUUAUCGCCCCAAUGACACACUGUGGCACGGGCGUAGAUACCAGGGUGUACUCAGUCUGCUAUCUCUUUACGUUGCCACGUGUCUUCACGUGUCAUGUAUGUAAAUAUUCUGCUCAUGAAUAAUCAUAUGUUUUACACGUGUACACCGGAACAUGUAGCCGAUGGUAUAUAGUUACGGAAUGACUUCAUCACCGUUUACAUGUCUAAAUACUGGUUGUGAUGUAUUGUCAUAUCACGUGAUUCUGUCCGUACCCAGUCCCCAGUGUUCCUAGUGGGACAGACAGACUCAUGUAAGGUCUGUGGAUGCCUAGGGUCAUCUGGUGCAUGCUUCAUACAUACUCACUGGACUCCAACAUACCAAGCAGUCGGGUAUGGGAGCCUCUAUAAUCUCCAUGCUUUCUGAUCGUGGACUAGUUACCCACUCCAUCAUAUAGUCUACAGAAACAAUUCCUGCAUGUGGCCUCACAGGCUCAACUAUCGAUUGCCUGAUACUCGUGUGCUCAAGUUUUGAUUUCCGGUAUUUGAGGUAACACCAUGCACCUCUCGGAUGGGUUUCUGGUAAUAUGUAUCUAAACUGUCAUGUUUCAAUGAUUCUUUAAGAUGAAUGCUUUAUGCUGAUGAAUCACUUUGAAUGUAUUUUGAAAUAAGAUUUGUCAAACGAA